GAAUUUCAAAAAUGAUAACUAGGCUGUACAGCUUAUCGAUAACAAGCUCAACCAAAAUAAAGAAAAACGAGCGGCAAUACAAAAACACUAGUCGUACUCUUCGCACGCCAUAUAUGCGUAAACAACUGUCAUUCAAAAUAGCAGAUACGGUCUCAUAAUAAUAAAUAGCUACAAUGAGCGCGAAAAAGAAACCCUGGGUGCGUUCAGCUUUUAGCGAAUUAAAUGCAUCACAAAGCUCAAGCAUUGAUGAAGCGUCGGUGUCGGUGCCUGCAAAGCGCACAAGAUCCGCAAGUACAAAAGCUAGGGCCUCAAAAACUGCUACUGCAACGGCAUCAAAAAUUGUGGACCUUACGGCUGUUGACGAUGUAUGUGAUAAUUCCCCAGCGUGUCCGGUCGUAAGCGACAAUUGGAUGGAAAGUUUCGCACCUAGUGUAAGCGAUGAGCUGGCUGUGCACCCAAAGAAACUAGACGAGCUGCGUGACUGGUUUCGCCACUGCGGUGCUGUGCAGAAGAAAUUUCCGGCACAAAUUUGCCUCCUUACAGGGCCAGCGGGAAGUGGCAAAACUGCUGCGCUUAGAGUACAGGCUAAAGAAUUUGGUUACGAACUGCAGGAAUGGAUUAAUCCCAUUGACUGUGAGGAAAUUUCUACGCUGGGCGAUCAACCAAGUGGCAACUGCUAUGCAACAUCACAAUUGGACGUAUUUAAAAGCUUUCUUUUACGUGCCUCCCGCUAUAAAUCCUUGCUGGCAAUGCAAAGCAAAAGGUUGCUGCUGGUUGAGGAUAUACCAAAUAUACUUUUAAAGGAUGCAACUUCCACAUUCGAAGAACUGUUAAUCGAAUACACCAAAUAUGGAAAAUCUCCUCUGGUUUUUAUAGUAGCCGACAGUAAAUCGCGCAUGCUUAACAUAAGCUAUAAGCUGUUUACGGAUCAACUGAAAACUAAUCUGCGAAUAGAGCAUAUUAGCUUUAAUGCCAUAGCCGUAACUAUUAUGCAAAAGUCCAUGAAGCGCUUUUGCAGUAUUAUGCAGCAGCAACCACACAAAGCCUUAUACAAAGUGCCUUCGCAAAAUGUUGUGGACUCCAUUGUGGUGUGUGCUCAGGGUGACAUACGCAAUGCGCUUAUAAAUCUACAUUUUGGUUCGCUGAUCGGUGCGCCCAGCAUAGCCACUACAAAAUUGAAUAUAAGCACAAGCGCCACAGUGCGGAAACGCAAAGCAACAAACACUUUAAAGUCCAUUGGACGCGAUGAGUCCAUUACCAUGAUGCAUGCGCUGGGUCGUGUGUUUAAUCCCAAAUAUGAAGACAAUCGUUUGCAGCACAAUCCCGAGGAAUUGGCUGAAGCAUUCUAUUCGGAACCCAGAAACUUUGUUAACUUUAUACAUGCCAAUUACCUGCCACAUUUCCGCGACAUUGCCCAUGUCAAUGAUGCAGUCAACGAUAUCGGACUGGCAGAUAUGCUGCUGCAAGAGUACCGCGAUGAUACCCUAGCUUUGGUGGCGCUAAAUACUGCCAUACGCGGCUGCAUGGUAGCCAAUGCUGCCCCUGUAAGCGGUUGGAUGCCAGUGCGCGGUCCCAAACGCUUUAACGUACAGUCAACUACAACAACGUUAACAGAACAGAAUCUACUUGGUGUUUCAAAUAUAUCUAAAGGUCUUUAUGCCAGUGAAUACAGCUCAUUUGUUAAAUGCAUUGCAAAAAAAGUAGGCAAAACCAAUUAAAUGUAGAAAACAUUGAUUUGUU